AUGUCUGACUUAUUAUCUUAUUCUAUUAUGAAUAACAACACUACUACUACUACUUCCACAAAUAACAAAUAUCAUUCAAAUCAUACUAAAACUGUAUUACCACCAAUAUCAUCUAUUACUAAUCAAUUACCUCCACUAGGGUCUAUUAUUACAUCUCCAAUUAGACCUUCAACCAUUAACAACAAUUCCAAUAUUAAUUUACCUACAUUAAAUCAAUACUAUGAUAGAUCAUACACUACUACUACCUCCACCACCACCACAAACAAUGGUUUAACAACUCCUUCUCCACCUCCAUUAAAAUAUUCUUAUAGUAAUAAUAAUCUUACUGAAGCUAAUUUAUCUAAAUUUGAAACUUCAAGAAAUUGUCAUGGAUUAGGAUUAUUAAGUUCAGCAGUAUUAUAUCAACAACAAAAUAAUUGUUCAACUUCAUCAUCUUCAUCAUCUUCAUCACCUAAUGGAUUAACAUUAGUUACUCCUCCACCUUCAUUAACAUCAAGAACUUCUUCAAUUUCUUCUAUUUCAACUCCAUCAUCUCCUCAUAUAAAUGAUAUAUCUAUUACAAAAACCUCAACAAUCACACCAACAACCUCAAAAACCUCAAAAACUUCAACAAUUAUACCAACAUCAAAGAAUCAAUGUCAAGUUCCAACUAAAAGAAGACAAAGAUUAGGUCCAUCAUGUGAUUCUUGUCGAAUUCGUAAAGUUAAAUGUGACGCUGAAAUUCAAAUCAUUAAUGAAGAAACUAUUAUUAAUGAAUAUUGUUUACAAGUUGAUGAAAUUAAUGAAAUCAAAUCUGGUAAAAAAAAAUUAUUAUUAUCAUCAUCAUCAUCAACAACAACAUCAUCAACAUCAUCUAAUUGUUUAGAAAAUGGUGGGACUACUACUACUACUAAUAACAAUAAUAAAGCAAUAAAAAUUGAAUUAAUUUAUAGUCAUGGGAAAUUUAUUAAAUUUAAAAGUUGUCAAAAUUGUAUUUAUAAAUUAAAUGUUGAUUGUUGUUUUAAAAAUGGUUAUACUAAAGAAGAUAUUUUACAUAAUAAAAAAUUGAAAAUUUUUCAUCCUGUUACUACUACCAAUACCAAUACCAAUACCACCACCAUCAACAGUAAUAGUAAUAGUAAUAGUAAUAGUGGUGGUGGUGGUGGUAGUAAAAGAAUUAUGAAAAAGAAAUUACAAAAAUGA